AUGCUACUGGAGGGGAGAGGUCUGUGGUGCCCAGCCAGCAGGUCAGCCAACUGUUUUUUACCAGAAGCUAUAAAGGCUAUCAAGCGUCGGCUGCAAGCCCGAAUUUCCCUCUGUAUCCAGCUGCAGGCGUUAGAGGGUGGGAAACUCCCGAACAUCCCUGAGGUGAGGUCGUGUUUCCCCCAGAAGCUGCUGACAGAGUUAACCCACUGGAGUGCACUGAGCUGGACUGCUUACCAAGCGCUGGGCUUCACACAGCAGCAGAUCACCAGGUGCUGUGUCUCAGAGCGGGACAGGUUUUACAAGGGCAACCCUCACCAGAGACAAUGCUCGUCUGACUAUGGCCGUUGCCAUCAAGAACAGCUAUCCACAGUUGCCACCCGUGUUCUCGUUACAAGCUGCCUAUGAGAACAGGACCAUCCAGGCUACAAAUAAUGAUUCUAUUCGGGAUAUAGAGCGUGAGGUUAAUGGCUACUUCAUAGAGCUUAUAAAGAAGACAAAGUCAGGACACAAUCUGCUCACUGCGCAGAUUUUGCGUCUAAUUACAAACUUUGACAUUCUUCUGGAAGCUUCUUCCAAUCAGGAUU